AUGUGGCACAGGGUAUAUGAACCAGUACACAGAAAGGAGAUGGAAGCAAUAACAUUCCUUCGAUUCAGACUUUCUUUCAGGUGUAUCUCAUAUUUCAAGGUCGAUGAGGACCCUUUACUCGCUUCCUGUGGAAUCACUAUUGAUUUCUAUGCAAUGUACCUUGUACAGAAUGGGCUGAUUGAUCUUUCAUCAACUACUAUACCCUGUAGUGAAUUGGCUUCUCAUGGUGCUAAUGAGCACUCUGAAACCCACAAUGGUUCACUUGCAUUUCUCCUUUUGCGUUACUCAGAAGCCUUAACUUCAAGAACUUUCUGUUCAAGUGAUUCAUCUGUUACUGAUAAACAAACAUUUAAUUUUGGAUAUGAAAAGAUGGAAUCUGUAUUUCAUCCAGAUGUUUUCCCAGCACAUCCAGCAUGGAAAAAAAUCAACAAGGAAGAAGAAUCUCAAUCAGAGGUUACUUGGAGACGCUGGCUGCAGGUUUCAGAAAUUGAAAGGGUCAACAAGUUGAUUGGUUUUGGAUAAGAUUGCCAAUAAGGCGUUCGUUGAAAUGCCCGACCCAAUUAAGAUAAAAUUGGGUGAACCUGGGUACAAGGAAAGAUAUUAUAAGGAGAAGGUAAAUUUAUCACAUCUAAAGGAGAUUGAAGAGGUUAAAAGGGAAAUGGCUGCAGAUCAUGUUGUUCCUAUUAACUGUUGAUUGUCCAACGUGGGCUGAUAAGUCGAACUGAUGAUGAUAAAGCAAGUAGGACAGCAUUGACUCCAGUAAAGAAAAGAUGUUGAACUGGAUGAAGAAAAAGGACAAAUUCUCUUGCAAAUAUGUGGCUUUCCCCAUUGUUUAGUGGCAACUCAUUCUUUAAAUUCAUCAAUCUUAGCUUUGCUAUUCAAUCAUGGAUGGAAGGAUUGUAUCUAAUCUUCUUUCAUGUUCAGAUAUACAUAGAGAAGACUGCCCUGUAUUUUAUGAGUACAAAAUUCUUGAAGGCAAAGCUUAUCGUCUAAAUCAUCCAUGGGUGGGAACUAUGAACAAAUCAGAAGCUGAAUGGAACAAGAGUAUUUUUAUACAAGUACUGAUUAUGGACACCUGAUGCUUAAUUAUUUGUCGAUUUCUGUGGAUGAUAAUACCUCAUGGACUUUAAUACUGGCUGCACUCUCUGAUCAAGUACUUCUGAGCCUAAGGGCAAGGGCAAGGCUUGAUGGCGCGUCAUGCACUCUCCGACAUUUGAUUUGAUGGGACACUCU